UGUGAAGCUUGUUGUUUCAUUGCUUUGAUUCGGUAUAAUGGAUACCUAACAUCUCGGGUUUGGGAGUUCCGAGUGAUGGGUUGUGUUUAUUCUAAGGCGUGGAUUAACGAGUUUUGUGCCCCUCGAGAUGUUAAGUUGCUAGAAAACGGAGCUGUAAAAACAGAAGAGAAAGGAGAUCAACUAUAUCAGUUUAGUACAGCCACUGAUCACGAGGCAGGUAUUGCUCGACUGUCAAGGGCGUCAGAUGGCUCGAAAGCUGUGAAAGUUCCGUCUGGCGAAUAUGAAUUACACUACUCAUUUCUUUCUCAAAGAGGCUACUACCCUGAUGCUCUUGAUAAGGCCAACCAAGACAGUUUUUGCAUUCACGCGCCAUUUGGGACGAGCCCAGACGACCAUUUUUUCGGUGUUUUUGAUGGUCAUGGCGAGUUUGGAGCUCAAUGCUCGCAGUUUGUGAAGCAGAGGUUAUGUGAAAAUUUGCUCGGGAAUAGUCGAUUCCACACGGAUGCAGUUGAAGCCUGCCACGGAGCAUUCUUGACAACGAACUCCCAAUUGCACGCUGAUAUAGUGGAUGACAGCAUGAGUGGAACAACUGCAGUAACGAUCCUGGUUCGUGGUAGGAAGCUUUACAUUGCCAAUGCUGGUGAUUCGAGGGCUGUUGUAGGCGAGAAAAGGGGUAACGACGUUGUAGCUGUUGAUCUCUCCAUUGAUCAAACGCCUUUUCGGCCUGAUGAGCUUGAAAGGGUGAAGCUUUGUGGAGCUAGAGUUUUGACUUUGGAUCAGAUUGAAGGACUCAAGAAUCCACAUGCUCAGUGUUGGGGAACGGAAGAAGACGACGAUGAUGGUGAUCCGCCUAGACUAUGGGUCCAGGAUGGUAUGUACCCUGGUACAGCUUUCACGAGAAGCAUUGGCGAUUCUAUUGCUGAGACCAUAGGCGUCGUUGCAAACCCCGAGAUUGUUGUUCUGGAGCUUACACAGAGUCAUCCUUUCUUCGUAAUUGCAAGUGAUGGUGUCUUUGAGUUUCUCUCCAGCCAAACUGUAGUAGACAUGGUUGCAAAGCAUAAGGAUCCUCGUGAUGCUUGUGCUGCGAUUGUUGCUGAAUCAUAUCGUCGCUGGCUACAAUAUGAAGCCCGUACAGAUGACAUAACGGUGAUAGUUGUGCAUAUAAACGGUUUAAAAGAUGUUGCAUUUGGUCAAUCAGCAGACUCAGGCCCGGUUCUAAGGCCAUCUUUACCUCAAGUUGUUGAAGCAUCAGGAUGCGAAUCUCCAUCUCGAAUGAACUGGAGAUCCAGAAAUCAGCGUGCAAGGCAUGACAUAUCCCGUGCACGCCUCCGCGGACUAGAAAAUUCUCUCGAGAAUGGGAAAAAUUGGAUCCCUUCAUCUCCAUCCCAUGGAAAGACCUGGGAAGACGAAGCUCAAAUUGAACAGGCACUUCGCGACCAUUUUCUCUUUAGAAAGCUCACUAAUUCACAGUGUCAAGUUUUGUUGGAAUGCAUGCAAAGAAUUGAAGUGGGAGCAGGAGACAUAGUGGUGAAGCAGGGUGGGGAAGGUGACUGUUUUUUUGUUGUUGGUGAUGGGGAGUUUGAGGUCUUGGCUACUCAGGAAGAGAAUGAUGGCAACGCGACCACGGUGCUACAGCGCUACACUGCUGAAAAGCUAUCUUCCUUUGGGGAACUUGCACUGAUGUACAACAAGCCACUCCAAGCUUCUGUUCAAGCCGUGACCAAUGGAACUCUCUGGGCACUUAAACGAGAAGAUUUCAGAGGAAUUCUCAUGUCCGAGUUUUCUAAUUUAUCAUCGUUGAAGUUACUUCGAUCGGUAGAUCUUCUUGCAAGGCUGACAAUCUUACAGCUGAGUAAUAUUGCAGAUUCACUAUUAGAGGUGUCUUUUUGUGACGGUCAGAAAAUAGUCGAUAAAAAUGAGGACCUCCUCGGUUUGUAUGUUAUACAGAAGGGAGUCAUAAAAAUUACAUGUGACUGUGAGGUGGAUUUGUUAAAAAGUGUCAGUCUGUCCAGUCUCAACGUGCCGGCAAUUGAGAAGCAGGAUGAUGGUGUGUCUGUUAAGAGCUUCGAAAAGAAUGAAGGAAGCUAUUUUGGAGAAUGGACACUUCUGGGUGAACAUAUCACUUCCUUGAGUGCUGUUGCCGUGGGAGAUGUGGUGUGCUCUAUAUUAACGAAGGAGAAGUUCGAUUCAGUUGUUGGAGAGAGCGUCCGGUCACAUUCGCGAGAAUUGCCAAAGGCCAACUGACUCUUCCACAAGAUUAUAGCAGUGAAGCUGUUGAUAUCAUAACUAAGUUGCGAGACUUGGAAGUCAAGGCAUCGACUCCAUUAAAUCGCAUUUGUGGUUCCAUGACAUGGAUUGGGAAGGACUAGCGGAACACAAGGUUAUGUUGUGACUACAUCAUGCUCCCCUAUCUCGGAAUUUGAAGAACCUAACACGCCCGAAUGGCUUAAAUGUUUUGUGAUCCGCCCUCUCGGCAUAGCAUAGCUUACAUAGCCCCCGCUUCACAUUAUGGAAUUGGUUACGAAUAGCGCAUUAUCAAUCCAUUUGUACCGAGGGCCGAGGGAAAAUUAGCCGUUUGCUCAAUGCACACAGAGAGGGAGGUUAAUAUUUCUGGAUAAUUUCAACAAAACGAAGGGUUUGGUGCUCAAGAUCAAGAUGUUGAUAUUUUUGCUAAUUAUUGUAAUGUAUUUUGUUCGGACAUGACUUGAUUGUGGUACUUUUUGGUAUUUUGUUGUGUUGGAUUUUGAUUAUGGAGAUGUGAACAAUGUUUAUUUCAUAGUGUUGAAAUUAUAUUAAUUUUGUUUUUAUUUUUCGGUA